UUCCAGAUCUAAGAUUGAAGACCAAACGUUUCUUUCUCUCUCUGAUAACUUUCAUCAUGACCGUCGAUAUCAUGCGUUUAUCUAAGAUUGAAGACCAAACAGCUAUACAGGAAGCUGCAUCGCAAGGCUUAAAAAGCAUGGAACACCUGAUCCAUGUCCUCUCUAACCGUCCAGAAGACCGUAACGUUGACUGCUCCGACAUAACCGAUUUCACCGUCUCCAAAUUCAAAAAAGUAAUCUCUCUCCUUAACCGGACCGGUCACGCCCGGUUUAGACGCGGACCGGUUCAUUCCCCUCCUUCAUCUUCCUCCUCCGCCGCAGAUCCUCCUCAUCCGGCGCCUCCGGUGAUUUCUCCGACGAGCUUCGCUCAUUCGCAUCAGCAAAGCGUGACGCUAGAUUUCACCAGACCAAGCGUGUUUGGCGCCAAAACCAAGAGCUCGGAAAUUGUGGAGUUUGCGAAGGAGAGCUUUAGUGUCUCCUCGAACUCUUCUUUCAUGUCUUCGGCGAUCACCGGCGACGGGAGCGUAUCUAAAGGAUCUUCGAUAUUCCUAGCUCCGGCUCCUGUAGCUUCCUCCGGGAAACCGCCGCUUGCCGGUCUUCCUUACAGAAAGAGAUGCUUUGAUCAUCACCACUCUGAGAACUUUUCCGGUAAAAUCUCGGGCUCAGGCAGCGGAAAAUGUCAUUGCAAGAAAAGCAGGAAAAAUCGGACGAAGAGAAUCGUGAGAGUACCGGCGAUAAGUUCAAAGAUCGCCGAUAUUCCAGCUGACGAGUAUUCAUGGAGGAAGUACGGACAAAAACCGAUCAAGGGCUCACCACACCCACGGGGUUAUUACAAGUGUAGUACGUUUAGAGGGUGCCCAGCGAGAAAACACGUGGAACGAGCAUUGGAUGAUCCAAAGAUGCUGAUUGUGACUUAUGAAGGGGAGCACCGUCACCAGAAGUCCGCGAUGCACGAGAUCAUUUCUCCAAGUUUGGUGUUUGGCUCGGCUUGAAUUUGACAAUUAGGAGGAGAAUGAAAUUAAUUAGCUUGGUAUAGAUUUGUAAUACAUGGGUUGAUUUGUAUUUUAGAAUUUUGUCUUCGAAUGGAUUUUAAUCUUACUAUCGUGGAAGAGGUUUGACAAAAAAAUGAAAUUUUUUUAAAAAAAAAUUGCAAUAGUUUAUUUUGUAAAUAAACAAAAGCAAAAAAUAUAACCUACGUUUUCAG